AUGGGGGAAGCUGCAAAACAGUGGCAGAUGUAUGUAGCAAGAAAAACAGGGAUUCAUGUCUUUUCAUCCGUACCUAGCCAUAACAAUGAUGAAGGUGAGGUGGAGUUUGGUCCUUGUGAAGUUCAUAAUUACGUUUUUGUCUCCUCCUACCAAAACUUUUUUGUACGCAUCGCUGAAAAGGCAAACAGAGGAGAAAAAGUUUGA